AUUUGUGGAUAUGACUGACAUGUCCUCAAUCGAGUCGUUUCUAUUCUAGAAGUUGCGAGUGGUUUCUAGUUCUAGGAUGGUAGUUAGCAACUGUAGCCCUAGCAUGCUUUGUGGUCGUUGGCUAACGUUAACUAGCUAUUUAGCCAAGUAGUUAACGUUAGCUAGCAAGCUGUUUUUUCUUCAUCCAUUUUGAACUUUGAAGCCGUGCCAACAACACGUUUGGGAGGCUAGCUUGACUAGCUAGCCCCAGACAGUGUGGCUUUGAGAUCAUGCUUAUAUGGCCAUGGGUAUUGCUAACGGUAGAUAGCUAGCUGACAAGCUCAUUCGACAUCUGGUCAGCAAAAAUAAACGUGAACUCUUUCUUGGAAACUGCCAGACAUUUUGAAAGCCAAUCAGUGAUGGAUUCCAAGCCUCGUCGGCUGCCCUUUACGGUGUCCAGCGCCACGUCGUCUUAUUCUUCAUCCUCUUCCCCUUCCUCCCUGGGAUCCAGCAGGCUCUAUGGAAGAUCCAGUGUCCUGAACAGUGAUCGACUCUCCAGGGUCACGCCCCUUAAACCUGACCUCGACCACCAGAGCUCUCGGUUCCUCAGCUCAACCAGGAACUACAGUAGCUCUGACAGCCGCCACUCCAGCUGGAAAUCCCCUCUGACUACCUCCUCCGUCUCCUACGAUCGCUCCUGGGCUGAGUCCUCACUGAGCAGCCGCAGCAAACUGACUGAUUCAGAGCGACGACUGGGGACGUACUCGGGACUUCUCAGCAACACAACUGAUGAUGGGGAUACCAAAAGGGCCAAACUGUCCUAUAGCAACAGAGCUGCAUAUACAAGAAGCCCCUCCUCCUCUGUGACUGGCUCGUCCUACUCCAGCAGUGUCCUCAACAGAGACUCUGAUUCGUCGUCGUGGAAGUCGUACCGGCCUCUGUCCAGGUCGUCCUCCUCCUCCUCUUCUUCCUCCUCCUCUUCUUCCUCAGAGCCCCUGUGGUCCAGAAGGGAGCUGGAGAAGAGGACUGAGGGGAGGAGUCUGUCCAGUGUGGCUGACACCAGCUAUAGGAGCUCUGGACUCAGCUCAUCCCUGUACUGGCCAGACCGUGUGACCUCCACCUAUGCCCAGGGGGCACGGCCCAAGGAGGCCCUCUACUCUUCCUCUAGCAGGGAGAGCAGCUCCCUCAGCCGCCACCUCUCUUCCACCUACCAGCGCUCCCCGCUGGCCCGGGACUCCACCACCUCCCGGACCACCGGCCGCUCCCUGACCGCCUCCACCCUCCGCACCACCAAGGAGCCCACUGAGAGCCCAGAGCCCACUCUAGGAGUCUCCGUCUCCUCUCGCCCCUCCUCUUGGUACACAACCCCCUCAGCAAGACGGGAGGCCCGGGACUCCAGCCCCCCUCCCUCUGCGCCAACCGCCACCCCCAGGACAACCCCGGAGGGUGGCGAGGCAUCCGAUGGACGUCGCUCCACCCGCCGUCUCCUCUCCCGCCUCUUCUCUCGGCGCUCCAGCCAGGACUCCAGCGGCUCCAGCUCUGGCUCCGCCUCCCGCUCCUUCGACUCGGCCGAGGACAGCCCUGUCUUUGGAGGAGAAGGCCCCAGCCACGCCCCCGUGGCUACCAGUGAGGAGAGCGUCCGACCCGUGAGCGUGGAACCUGUUCCCAGAGGCUCUGACGCGGCCCAGGCCUUUGCCUUCCUGAGGCAUCACAGACAGGGCCUGUCCCCGGUCCAGGAGGGCCAGCCCCAGCGUGCCCCGGAGCCCCUGGAGGCCUGGAGAGGUGUUGGAAGUAGUAGUAGUACUUCAGGUUCCUCCUGGCUGUCGUCUUCCAUCCAGACCCGCUGCACUCCUCUCUUCUCCCGCCGUAGAAGAGAAGGACGGGAUGAAAGCGCUCGCCUGGCGUCCGGCGCCGACCAGGAUUACCGUGGUACCCAGUUCCCCCUCAGGAGGAGAGACACCCCCGAGGCCAAGGCUGACGAAGAUGAUGAGGAGGAAGAUGAAGAGGAAGUUGCAGCGGCAGCCUCGGGGGCAGUGGGCGCUAGCGCCGCCCUACAGGAGGAGUUGAGAGACAUGGCGGGGAGUAGUCAGCGUUUGGCGAGGUUCAUGAGCAACCCGCUGUUCCGCGUCCACGACAACGUCAUGAUCGCCGUGGACAUGACGGGUGCCGCCAGGAGCCAACCGGAGGGCCAGGAGAAGCCCACCUCCUCCAGAGACCCGGAGAGACUGAGGAAGAUCCAGGAGAGCCUGCUGUUGGAGGACUCUGACGAGGAGGAAGGGGACCUGUGUCGUAUUUGCCAAAUGGGUGAGGAGUCUCCCUCCAACCCUCUGAUCGAGCCCUGCCGCUGCACAGGCAGCCUGCAGUAUGUUCACCAGGACUGCAUCAAGAAGUGGCUGCGCUCCAAAAUCAGCUCAGGCACUAAUCUGGAUGCCAUCACCACGUGUGAGCUAUGUAAAGAAAAGCUGCACCUGAACAUUGAGAACUUUGACAUCAACGAGCUACACAGGACACAUGAGAAGUCUGAGUACGAGUUCAUCAGUUGUGGCCUUUACCUGGUGGUGUUGCUUCACCUGUGUGAGCAGAGGUUCUCUGAUGUGCUAGGAGCUGCCAACGACGCCGGGGCUCUUAUGGGGAAUCGGACGAAGAGGUGGUUGAUACCCGGCCGUCAAUCGAUUUCUGUGACCUCGAUGAAGACCUGGAAGAGGAGUACAAUUGACCGAAAGAAAGAGCAAAGGGAAUAUGGAAAAAUAGAUUGGGGGGGGGGGCAAGCAGAAGAAUUGAAGGAGUUACCUGCCAGAGCUCUGUUUCAGCUCAUGUGAUUUUACUGAGUGCAAUGGCUUGUGAGAUUUGUUUUAAUGCCAAGUAGCUGGGAAGUCACUCCUGAUGUAGAGGUAACGAUGUCAUAGAUAUGCAGACUGACUUUGAAGUGAACCGAGGUGAGGAAACGCUUUAUUACCCCCCCCCCUGUUAAUUUCCCCUUUCUUUAGGUCUCCAGAUUUGAGUGUGCUUUAUUUCUGUUAAAAUGCAAGAUGUCUUUUUGAACCACGAGUGCUUUAAAUGUUUACUGAUCUACAAAAGCAGAUCCGGCCACCGUGGUGAGAUAUUGUGUUAAAAAAAAAAAAAAUGUAUAUCCUGAACAGGACACUGGUUCAUUAGUUUAGCGGGUUGGGAGAAAGGAAAGGGCUGUUUAGGGAAGAAUAAGUGGCAAAUUAUUCCCUUUACUGUUUCUUUUCCUUUUUGAAGUUUUUCAAAAAGUGAUUUGAAAGUGACAACUUUACUUUUUACAGCUGAAUAAUUGACAGUUUGUUCUGUUUUCAAUGUCUGCGGUAUGAAAAUGCUAAACUUGUUUUCAUUUAAUUAUUGCAAUAAAGUUUUGAAUGCA